AUGAUAUGGGUGAAUAACAAACGCCCCGUGCAAGAGCAGGGAGGCGUUGAGCGUCUGCACGGGCCGUCGGGGCAAGUGGGAGGCAGGCCUUUGCCACGGGCCGUCGGGAGCAAGCCCAGGAGGCAGCAGGCACUGCCACGGGCCGUCGGGGGCAAGCCCAGGAGGCCCGGAGCGCGCCACGGGCCGUCGGGGGCAAGCCCGGGAGGCAGGGCCUUGCCACGGGCCGUCGGGGGCAAGCCCAGGAGGCGGAGCCUUUGCCACGGGCCGUCGGGGGCAAGCGGGAGGCAGGCCUUGCCACGGGCCAAUCGAGGGGCAAGCCCCGGGAGGCCCAGGCCUUGCCCACGGGACCGUCGAGGGCAAGCGGGAGGCCAGGCACUGCCACGGGCCGUCGGGAGCAAGCCCAGGAGGCAGGCCUUUGCCACGGGCCGUCGGGGGCAAGCCCCGGGAGGCAGGCCUUGCCACGGGCCGUCGGGAGCAAGCGGGAGGCAGGCCUUGCCACGGGCCGUCGGGGGCAAGCCCAGGAGGCAGGCCUUUGCCACGGGCCGUCGAGGGCAAGCGGGAGGCAGGCAGCGCCACGGGCCAAUCGAGGAGCAAGCCCCGGGAGGCAGGCCUUUGCCACGGGCCGUCGGGAGAACAGCGGGAGGCAGGAGGCACGCCACGGGCUGUCGGGCAGCCCCAGGAGGCCCAGGCAGCGCCACGGGCCGUCGGGGGCAAGCCCGGGAGGCAGGCAGCGCCACGGGCCGUCGGGGGCAAGCGGGGGAGGCAGGCCUUUGCCGCAGCCAAUCGAGGAGCAAGCGGGAGGCAGGCCUUUGCCACGGGCCGUCGGGGGCAAGCGGGAGGCAGGCCUUGCCACGGGCCGUCGGGGGCAAGCCCAGGAGGCAGGCCUUUGCCACGGGCCGUCGGGGGCAAGCCCAGGAGGCAGGCAGCGCCACGGGCCGUCGGGGGCAAGCCCGGGAGGCAGGCACUGCCACGGGCCGUCGGGGGCAAGCGGGAGGCCCAGGCCUUUGCCACGGGCCGUCGGGGGCAAGCGGGAGGCAGGCCUUUGCCGCGGGCCGUCGGGGGCAAGCGGGAGGCAGGCCUUUGCCACGCCACGCGGGCCGUCGGGGGCAAGCCCCAGGAGGCAGGCGCCGCCACGGGCCGUCGGGGGCAAGCCCAGGAGGCAGGCCUUUGCCACGGGCCGUCGGGGCAAGCCCAGGAGGCAGGCCUUUGCCACGGGCCCGUCGGGGGAGCAAGCGGGAGGCAGGCACUGCCACGGGCCGUCGGGAGCAAGCCCCAGGAGGCAGGCCUUUGCCACGGGCCGUCGGGGGCAAGCGGGAGGAGGCAGGCCUUUGCCACGGGCCGUCGGGAGCAAGCGGGAGGCAGGCGCCGCCACGGGCCGUCGGGGGCAAGCCCAGGCGGGCAGCGCCUUGCCGUCGGGCGCGUCGGAGGGCAGCGGGCCGUCGGGGAGGCCCAGGCAGGCCUUGCCACGGGCUCGUCGGGGGCAAGCGGGAGGCAGGCACUGCCACGGGCCCGGUCGGGGGGCAAGCGAGAGGAGGCAGGCCUUGCCACGGGCCGUCGGGGGCAAGCCCGGGAGGCAGGCCUUUGCCACGGGCUCGUCGGGGGCAAGCGGGAGGCAGGCAGCGCCACGGGCCAAUCGGGGGCAGGCGGGCCCCGGGCCGUCGGGAGCAAGCGGGAGGCAGGCGCGCCACGGGCUCGUCGGGGGCAAGCGGGAGGCAGGCCUUUGCCACGGGCCCAAUCGGGGAGCAAGUGGGAGGCCUUUGGGCAGCGCCACGGGCUGUCGGGGGCAAGCCCCAGGAGGCAGGCAGCGCCACGGGCCGUCGGGAGCAAGCGGGAGGCAAGCCCCGGGAGGCCCAGGCACUGCCACGGGCCGUCGGGGAUCAAGCCCAGGAGGCAGGCCUUUGCCACGGGCCGUCGGGGGAGCAAGCGGGAGGCAGCCCAGGCAGCGCCACGGGCUGUUUUGGACUUUGGAAAGGGAUGGUGCUCGGCACUUGA